CGUUAAAAGAUGUCAAUAUGAGAUGGAAUAACUUGUUGGAAGAGAUUGCUGAGCAGCUGUACUCCAGCAAAGCCCUGCUUCAACUUUGGCAGAGAUACAAGGACUACUCCAAACAGUGUGCUUCUACAGUGCAGCAGCAGGGGGAUCGAACCAACGAGCUCCUGAAGGCAGCCACUAACAAGGACAUUGCUGAUGACGAAGUUGCUACAUGGAUUCAAGAUUGCAGUGAUCUCCUCAAAGGACUGGGGACAGUGAAGGAUUCCCUUUUUGUUCUCCAUGAGCUGGGAGAGCAGCUCAAGCAACAAGUGGAUGCUUCGGCAGCAUCAGCCAUUCAAUCUGAUCAGCUGUCUUUGAGUCAGCACCUAUGUGCCCUAGAGCAGGCUCUCUGCAAGCAGCAGACUAUGUUACAGGCUGGAGUUCUUGACUAUGAAACCUUUACCAAGACCUUGGAAGCGUUGGAAGCCUGGGUAGUAGAAGCUGAAGAAAUAUUACAAGGGCAGGACCCUAGCCACUCGUCUGACCUUUCAAUCAUCCAGGAAAGGAUGGAAGAACUUAAGGGGCAGAUGCUAAAAUUCAGCAGCAUGGCGCCUGACCUAGACCGUCUGAAUGAGCUUGGAUAUAGGCUACCGCUGAAUGAUAAAGAAAUCAAAAGGAUGCAGAACCUGAACCGACACUGGUCUCUGAUCUCCUCUCAGACCACAGAAAGAUUCAGUAAGUUGCAGUCAUUUUUGCUGCAACACCAGACUUUCUUGGAAAAAUGUGAAACAUGGAUGGAAUUCCUGGUUCAAACGGAACAAAAGUUAGCAGUCGAGAUUUCAGGCAACUAUCAGCAUCUUUUGGAGCAGCAGAGAGCCCAUGAGUUGUUUCAAGCAGAGAUGUUCAGUCGCCAGCAGAUUUUGCACUCGAUCAUUAUUGAUGGGCAGCGUCUUCUAGAACAAGGUCAAGUUGAUGACAGAGAUGAAUUCAACCUGAAAUUGACACUUCUCAGCAAUCAGUGGCAGGGAGUAAUUCGCAGGGCCCAGCAGAGGAGGGGCAUCAUCGACAGCCAGAUUCGCCAGUGGCAGCGAUACAGGGAGAUGGCAGAGAAGCUUCGUAAAUGGUUGGUUGAAGUGUCCUAUCUUCCCGUGAGUGCUCUCGGAAGCGUCCCAAUACCACUGCAACAGGCAAGGACCCUCUUUGAUGAAGUGCAGUUCAAAGAAAAAGUGUGCCUGCGUCAACAAGGCAGCUACAUCCUCACGGUGGAGGCGGGCAAACAGCUCCUCCUCUCAGCCGACAGUGGGGCUGAGGCCGCCCUGCAGGCCGAGCUCGCGGAAAUCCAGGACAAGUGGAAAUCAGCCAGCGUGCGUCUGGAGGAGCAGAAGACAAAGCUGGCCUUCUUGCUGAAAGACUGGGAAAAAUGUGAGAAUGGAAUAGCUGAUUCUCUGGAGAAACUACGAACGUUCAAAAAGAAGCUUUCUCAACCUCUCCCAGAUCACCACGAAGAGCUGCAUGCAGAACAAAUGCGUUGCAAGGAACUGGAAAAUGCAGCUGGGAGCUGGACAGAUGACUUGGCUCAGCUGACACUCUUGAAGGACACCCUCUGUGCCUACAUUAGUGCUGAUGAUAUUUCCAUCCUGAAUGAACGCAUGGAGCUUCUGCAGAGGCAGUGGGAAGAACUGUGCCACCAGCUCUCCUUAAGGCGGCAGCAAGUAAGUGAGAGAUUGAAUGAAUGGGCAGUCUUCAGUGAAAAGAACAAGGAGCUUUGUGAAUGGUUGACCCAGAUGGAAAGCAAAGUUUCUCAAAAUGGAGACAUCCUCAUUGAAGAAAUGAUAGAGAAGCUCAAGAAGGAUUAUCAAGAGGAGAUUGCUGUUGCCCAAGAGAACAAAAUACAGCUCCAGCAAAUGGGAGAACGACUUGCUCGAGCCAGCCAUGAAAGCAAAGCCUCUGAGAUUGAGUACAAGCUCGGGAAGGUCAACGACCGGUGGCAGCAUCUUCUGGAUCUCACUGCAGCCAGGGUAAAGAAGCUGAAGGAGACCCUGGUUGCCGUACAGCAGCUGGAUAAGAACAUGAGCAGCCUGAGGACUUGGCUGGCUCACAUUGAGUCAGAGCUCGCCAAGCCCAUAGUCUAUGAUUCCUGUGACUCAGAUGAAAUACAGAAGAAGCUCACGGAGCAGCAGGAGCUUCAGAGAGACAUCGAGAAACACAGCACGGGCGUGGCCUCCGUCCUCAACCUGUGUGAGGUCCUGCUGCACGACUGCGACGCCUGCGCCACAGACGCGGAGUGUGACUCCAUCCAGCAGGCGACGCGGAACCUGGACCGGCGGUGGAGAAACAUUUGCGCCAUGUCCAUGGAAAGGAGGCUCAAAAUUGAAGAGACGUGGCGGUUGUGGCAGAAGUUUCUGGAUGAUUAUUCUCGUUUUGAAGAUUGGCUCAAGAUUUCAGAAAGGACAGCUGCCUUCCCAAGCUCUUCCGGGGUGCUCUAUACAGUUGCCAAGGAAGAACUAAAGAAAUUUGAGGCUUUCCAGCGACAGGUGCACGAGAGCCUCACCCAGCUGGAACUGAUCAACAAGCAGUACCGUCGCCUGGCCAGAGAGAACCGCACUGAUUCCGCCUGUAGCCUAAAGCAGAUGGUUCACGACGGCAACCAGAGAUGGGACAACCUGCAAAAGCGUGUCACCUCCAUCUUGCGCAGACUCAAGCAUUUCAUUGGCCAGCGUGAGGAAUUUGAGACUGCUCGGGACAGCAUUCUGGUAUGGCUGACAGAGAUGGAUCUACAGCUCACUAAUAUUGAGCAUUUUUCUGAGUGCGAUGUUCAAGCUAAAAUAAAGCAACUCAAGGCCUUCCAGCAGGAAAUUUCACUAAACCACAAUAAGAUUGAGCAGAUAAUUGCCCAAGGAGAACAGCUUAUAGAAAAGAGUGAGCCUUUGGAUGCGGCCGUCAUCGAGGAAGAGCUGGAUGAACUCCGGCGUUACUGUCAGGAGGUCUUCGGGCGCGUGGAAAGAUACCAUAAGAAACUGAUUCGCCUGCCUCUCCCAGAUGAUGAGCAUGACCUCUCUGACCGGGAGCUGGAGCUGGAUGACUCUGCAGCUCUCUCGGACCUCCACUGGCGUGACACCUCUGUGGACGGCGUGCUUUCUCCCCAGCCUUCCUCCAACCCCUCCCUCUCACUCGCCCAGCCCCUGCGGAGUGAGCGGUCCGGACGAGACACCCCUGCCAGUGUGGACUCCAUCCCCCUGGAGUGGGACCAUGACUAUGACCUCAGUCGUGACCUGGAGUCUGCUGUGUCCAGAGCGCUGCCCUCUGAGGAUGAAGAGGGUCAGGAUGAUAAAGAUUUCUACCUCAGGGGAGCUGUUGGCUUAUCAGGAGCUCCCAGUGCCUUCGAGUCGCAGAUCCGACAACUGGACAGAGCCUUGGAUGAGAGCCGUUUUCAGAUGCAGCAAACUGAAAAUAUUAUCCGCAGCAAAACUCCCACGGGACCGGAGCUAGACUCCAGCUACAGAGGCUAUAUGAAAUUGCUGAGUGAGUGCAGCGGAAGUAUAGACUCGGUGAAGAGACUAGAACACAAACUGAAGGAGGAAGAAGAGAAUUUCCCCGGCUUUGUUAACCUGAAUACAACGGAAACCCAAACAGCUGGUGUGAUUGACCGGUGGGAACUCAUCCAGGCCCAGGCCCUGAGCAAGGAGCUGAGAAUGAAACAGAACCUCCAGAAGUGGCAGCAGUUCCGCGCGGACCUGAACAACAUCUGGACGUGGCUGGGGGAGACGGAACAGGGGCUGGAGCAGCUGCGGCACCUGGAGCUCAGCACUGACAUCCAGGCUAUCGAGCUCCAAAUAAAAAAGCUCAAGGAGCUCCAGAAAGCUGUGGACCACCGGAAAGCCAUCAUCCUUUCCAUCAACCUGUGCAGCUCCGAGUUCACCCAGCCUGGCAGUGAGAAAAGCCAAGAUCUGCAAGAUCGCUUGUCCCAGAUGAACGGGCGCUGGGACCGUGUGUGCUCACUGCUGGAAGAGUGGCGGGGCCUGCUCCAGGAUGCACUGAUGCAGUGUCAGGAUUUCCAUGAAAUGAGUCAUGGUUUGCUUCUUAUGCUGGAGAACAUCGACAGAAGGAAAAAUGAAAUUGUCCCUAUUGAUUCUAACCAGGAUGCAGAGACACUUCAGGACCAUCACAAACAGCUUAUGCAAAUAAGGCAUGAGCUAUUGGAAUCCCAACUCAGAGUGGCCUCACUGCAAGACAUGUCUUGCCAACUCCUGGUGAAUGCUGAAGGCACAGACUGUUUAGAAGCCAAAGAAAAAGUCCAUGUGAUUGGAAAUCGGCUCAGACUUCUCUUGAAGGAGGUCAGUCAUCACAUCAAGGAGCUGGAGAAGCUAUUAGACAUGUCAAGCAGUCAGCAGGAUUUGUCUUCCUGGUCUUCUGCUGAUGAACUGGACACCUCGGGAUCUGUGAGUCCUACGUCCGGAAGAAGCACCCCCAACAGACAAAGAACGGUCCAUAAAAGGUGGCUCCGAUUCCUCCCUUUCUGAGCCUCGGCCAGCUCGGUCCGGCCGAGCCUUCUUAUUCAGAGUCCUCCGAGCGGCUCUUCCACUCCAGCUUC